UGACUAAUCGUUAGCCGCCGCAAAACUGGAUUUUACUCCGACCAAUGAAAACGCAUUCCCCACACACAAAAGGAUAUAGUCAGUAUAGCAUACUUACAAUUUUUAUUAAAAAUAGAUUCAAACUGCCUAAUUUCGCUAUUUCGCGUGAUAUUAAUUUAUUGUUUCAAUUAUUAUUCAUUACAAAUGACUAAUGAGUAAUUUUUCUAUGCAGUACCUACCUACCUAUGCAAUCAUGUCAUUUCAUUUAUUAUAAAUAAAUAAUUGAUAAUUUGAUAACUGUAGCAACUAGCAAAGCUUGCUCGCGAUAUUACAACUCAUUUCAAAAAUUUCCAGAUAAUUCUUCAGUCUGAAAAGAAUAAAUUUUGAUCUACAUACGUACAUUUUACAAAUAUGAAUGAUCACUCUGAUCUAGAAAUCGAUUAGAUUAGAAUGAAUUGACUUUUCAAAAUGCCGAAGGGCUUAAUAUGGUAAAAAAUGAUUUGUAUUCUCACUCUCUUAUUAUAUUUCCUUCUCAUUACUUAUUUUGUUUUUUCUCGUCAUCUAAUUCUAAAGUAGGUAGUACAAGUUACAAGUAGUUUUUCAGUUCUCAAAAUUUCUAAUUAAUAAUAGGUACGUAUUCUCCUUUCUAGACCUGGAAAUCAGUCUACUGUGGAAAAUCAACUCAGAAAAUGUUGAGUAAAAUUCCAGAUAACUGAGAUAACUAAAUAUACUUAUUCAUCAAAGAAGUUCGUGAAUCGGUUAUGGCUUAUGAACGUUUAUUUCACUCUCCUUUUUUAUUUUUUCACAAUUCUAAAAUUGAAGAUUGAAAUUUACAAAAAUAACACGCAACACUCACAACAGUGUUAUCACAAUUUCAGUGGGAGGUUAUGGAAACAUAAAACACGUCGUUUUCAUUGGUCAGAGUAAAAUCCAAUUUUGCGGCGGCUAACGAUUAGUGUGUUUUUGUGAUCAAAAGUGUUUUCGGAUUCUAUUGAAUAAUUUCACAUUUUUGAAUAGUUCUUUUGUUAAUUAUUAUUAUUCUAUGAGUGUUUUUGAUGUGAAAUUCAAUAGUUUAAUUAAUCAAUCGUAUCUCCAGUGACUUGUGAAAUUCUUUUGUAUUUUCUAUUGUUAAUAGAAUUAUAUUGUGAAAUGGUUUGAUGUAACUUUCGAUGGUGUUUGAUGCAGUUUUCAAGAUAGAAAAUGGAGAACAUCGCUCAAUUGGACGAAUUUCUCACGAACGUUGUUCGUUUCACUGCUCAAUACAGCUUUGACAAAGCUAAGGAUAUAUGUAGAAAAGAGAAGAUAAUGACGAACACAGGAGCUUAUAAAGAUCUCCUGAGCCUAUUACCCUACAUGAUCAGCGUUGAAAAGAGCUAUUCCGAAAUGGGAUUUCUAACUGCUAAAAGUAAAGUUGCAGUCAAAAAAGAUAAUACUUUGAAGUCAGCUUAUUUAGAGAUAAAAUCCGAUUGCGAAAAAAUACAACCGAGCGAAGCCGAAUACGAACGUAUCCUCAAGGAGAUCAUCUCCUGGACUGAAAUCAGAUGCCAGCUAAUUGAUUCUUAUAACAAAAUGUACACCACUGCCACGUACAAUAAGCAUUUAAAAAUGCAGGAGUUCAUAGAUUCGUUGAACAGUAUUGUGAACAAUGCAAUGGCGUCGUAUGCGCCUAAAACUAUGGCGAAUAUGAAGAUACUCAUUGAAUUAGAAACGUCUUGCUUACUCGAUCUCAUUUACGCUCAAUACUUUCUAGAGAACUGGAACCUAGUUCGGUGCACUUCUCAUAUCAGCUCAGCAAAGUCGAAUCUUGUUAUUUGGGAGAAUACCUUACAAAAUAAAGAAACUUGGAGAUUGAAUUUCUUACGCAUGAAUACGGUACCGGAGCUGUACAGAUGGCUGAUCAAAUUCAAGACCUUCCUACUGGAGAAAUUCUCCGUAUAUUUUUACAUGAUCAUAAGACAGCAAACAUCUGUCAGCGAUUUGAAAACAAUCUGUGGUAAAAAUCGACUGGAAUUUUUACAAAAGUUCCAAAAUAUAUCUCGUAAAUGUGGCCACGAAACGACCAGUGUGAUGUUGGUAUUCGACGCUUGCGGUAUCAAAAACUGGCACGGUCCUGGGUACAGAUGCCCAUUAAAAAAUACCAAAACCGAAUCACCAAGUACCUCGUACUACGUCAUGUUACGUCAUCCCGAAAAACCAAGCGAGCCUUUGAACGUAAUGCCAACGAUACGACGCAUCCUGGUGGAACAUUUUUCCGAUAUUUUAUUCUUAGAUCGAGUGGUGUGUCGUUACAUUAGCGAAGAAAACAGCACGUAUUUCAUUACCAGUAUCGAGGAGAAAAUCAGCCUAGUCGCUUAUUACAAUAGUAAAAAGGACGAUAAACAAUCGGACAUCGAUAAUUAUAUACUCGAGUUGGCUUGGAUGAUACGUAGUCAUAGGGUAUUUCUAAGUUUGAAUUCGAAUAGGUAGAUGAGCAACAUGCCACAUUUACUUACCAAAGAGUUAUAUUGAUGAGAAAUACUAUAUUUGCCACUGUGAUGUGUUUACCUUUAUACCUAUACAUAGUUUUAUAUUCGAUUGUUAUGCAAAAAGCUAUUAUCUAAGCUGAAAAACGAUAAAUAGAUAUUAUUAAUUACGCGUUGAACAA